CGCCAUUAAACGUCAAGGAAAGAAAUAAACAUUACCGCUAAACAAGUAAUUCACCAAAGAGCAGUGUUUUGACAGGCUUGCACAGUUGUUGUCCGCAUAGUGUUUCAAGAGCUGAAUUAUUAUUAGUAUUAGUGGGUGUGCUCUCGAGACAACCAAUCGCGCGCUUCUGUCAUCGCAACGCAACGACCGUAUUGAGUUCACCAAAUCACUUCAAGUUACGAUUGAUAGCAUGGCGGCUAAUGUUGGGGGCGUGCGGGAAAGUUGGGAGAUUUAAACAACUUCUAAAAUAAUAUCACUAAAUCCAGUACUAAUGGACGAAAUAUGUGUCGUGUAAUGUGAAUGAUCAGCACCGCUACAAGUCCAGCGCGUAUGUUACUUUUAAAUAUGGCUAACGUUACUCGAGAGACCAGACAAUACCGACGGGCCACGAUGAUAAUCAAGCAAGAGCAGGACGACGAUUCUGACGCGGAGGAGUCGACUAUUUCGUUUAAGAAAUCAGAAGGACGCGAGUCGCAGAUCAUCCACAGCGGUCAUUUUAUGGUUUCUUCUCCUCAUACUGAUCACCCGCCAAAGAAAGGUUACGAUUUCGACACUGUAAAUAAACAAACAUGCCAGACGUAUCACUUCGGAAAGACUAGCACGUCGCAUCUCUCUAUUGAUGCUUCCCUGACGAAGCUCUUUGAGUGCAUGACGCUUGCCUACAGUGGAAGGUUGGUGUCACCAAAAUGGAAGAAUUUCAAAGGUCUCAAGCUUCUGUGGAGAGACAAGAUUCGCCUCAACAACGCCAUUUGGAGAGCCUGGUAUAUACAAUAUGUAGAGAAGAGACAGAACCCUGUUUGCCAUUUUGUCACUCCUUUAGAUGGCAAUAUGGACUCAGGAGUACAUCGACCGACAGAGGCAAUAGCAACAGAAGGAAAGUACUGGAAAAGGAGAAUUGAAAUUGUCAUAAGAGAAUAUCAUAAAUGGAGAACAUAUUUCAAAAAAAGAUUACAGAAGCACAAAGAUGAAGACCUGUCCAGCCUUCUCAAGGGGGCAGAGGAACAGUUUUCACUCUUUGGGGAAGUGUGUCCAGACACCUGCCGUGUCCUCUUGUGCCAGGAUGAGGAUUUCAGUGUGGGAGGCCGUCAUAGAUCCCGAAAGAGUCAUGAUUCACCUGUUCCAAUGGAGAUGGACUCGCUCUUCGACAUGGAUGUGCUCAUGUCUGAAUUCUCAGACACACUCUUUUCCACACUGGCUUCUCAUCAACCUGUAGCAUGGCCCGAUCCGAGGGAAAUUGCCCAUGCAGGUAAUGCAGACAUGAUCCAGCCAGGCCUCAUCCCACUGCAACCCAAUCUGGACUUCAUGGACACUUUUGAGCCUCUGCAAGGUACAAACACCUUAACUCUUGUUAAUUGGCAAAAUAUGGAUUGAUUUGUUGACAAAA